CCUUUUAGACGUGAAUCGAAUUGAAUGAGGAAAGGGACGCGUAAAAGCUGAAAAGGCUCAGUCCAUGUAUCCUCAUCCAGUCAUCCUCUUUAUCUUCUUCAAUUAUUUACACGAUCUCCUGGCCAAAACCUCAAAGGAGACCAGCUCUUCUUUUUCUCUCCUGUAUCCUACCUAUUAGCCUCCAAAGUCCUCGCCUUUGAUCUACCGUUUUCUUGAUUUGCAAGCAUCGAUGGAGUAUUCAGAUUCCCACAACAAACCCAACGCCACCCACCAAGAACACAACCUUCAGAAGCACCGCCAACCAUCCACCAGUGAGCUCAUCUCCAGCGCCAAGCUGGUGGCGGAGGCCGCCAAAUACUCUCUGAGCCACGAGACCGACAAGGUUGACAAGGGCAGGGUCGCUGGUGCCGCUGAAGACCUUCUAGGCGCUGCCUCUCACUACGGAAAAUUGGAGGAAAAGAGCUUUGGCAAGUAUGUUGAAAAGGCGGAGACUUAUCUCCACCAGUACCACUCCUCCCAUUCCUCCACCACUUCCACUGGUUCCGGCCACUCUGCCACCCACACCGCACACUCAGCACCACAUUCGAGUGGUGAUGAUGGCCAUUCUGGGAGUGGUCAUGCUGAUGGCCAUUCUGGAAGUGGUGGGUAUGGGGAUUACCUCAAGAUGGCUGAAGGUUUCUUGAAGAAACGUUGAUUCCGACUGCUUUGCUGCAUCUUUCUCCUGUUUUUUCUUUUUCUCGUUUUUGUGCUGUGUAAUGUGGUCUGUAUCUCUGCUUUGUGGGUUUAGCCUGUGGAAUGUAACGUGGUUGAAACAGAUUUAGUAAAUCUGUUUAGUAUCUCUGCUUAGUAAAUCUGUUCCGGAAUCAUUGAAAAAAAGUACUUGGCAAUUUGGUAUUA